ACCCCAGCCAAGCCCCGCCGCCCUCCCUCACGGAGAACCCGUGCACGGAGCAGCGCGCAUGGCCGGGAGCUGCGCAGGCGCCCUGAUGGGACGCGGGGCGCGUUAAUGGCGGCGGGGUGAGCUGUGAGCCGCGAGCCAUGAGUGUCGUGCCUGGGCUGCAGGAGGACUGCGAGGCGCUGCUCGGUGCCUUCCAGGAAGCCGACACCGUCCGCUUCGAGCGCUUUGCUGAGCUGUGGCGGGAGCGCCGCUUCCACACCAUCUUCCAUGGUAGAAUGAGAGCUCUGGAGAGGAAUAAGAUCACAAAGAAGACGUUGGAGCUGGCACAGCAGUACUUCUUGCCGCCGUAUGCCUUCCAGAUCCGAGUCGGCGCUCUGUACCUUCUGUACGGGCUCUACAACACGCAGCUCUGCCAGCCGAAAAUAAAGAUCAGGAUUGCCCUCAAGGACUGGCCUGAAGUCCAGAGCUUUCAACAGGAUCUGAUAGAUUCCCAGCAUUAUGAUGCAGCAUACAUCUUUAGGACACUGCGUCGUGCCAGAGCAUUCCAUUUCACAGCAAUGCCAAAGCUACUAAACUACAGAACUAAGAAGAAGAUCCAAGAAAAUGAAUGCAAAGAAGAAUUUAAAGAUCCAAGUAACAGAGUAAGCAGCCUCAUCACGAAUGAUGUAUUGGAGGAACUGAUGAAUAUUCAUGAGCACUAUCAGAAAAUGAAAUGUGCCAUAUCAGCUGACAAAUCCCAGCCAGACAAGGCCCUGAGCUUGAUAAAAGAGGAAUUUGUAGUUUCUCUUAAAGACAUGGCUUUGGAACAUCAGGAAUGGCAGCAAAAAAGAUUGAAAUUGUUACUAAAAGCUAAAGAAGAUGAUGAAAUGCCAAACAGAGUGGAAGAAGGAACUUCGCUAAGAUCAGAAGGUUCUGAAAGAGCAGAUGCUUUGGCUAGAAUCAAGCACAAGUCUUAUUCUGCAGUUGUUGAGGCCUCCAAAUCCAGAAGACAUCGCCAAGUAGUACUAGAAUCUUCUGAAUCAGGACUGGAUUAUGGGAAAUCUCCAAAACGAAGUAAAAAAAGCAGUAGGAGACCACAGCCAGCAGAGAAAAGAGGUUCUCUGGAAAUCAGAGGUCGGAUGCAAGCAGAAAAGGAAACUGUUACUCGCCAUAUUGGGAUGCCUGUAAUCACAGAAGAAGACAGCUCAGAUACAGAAGAAGUACCUGUCUCCAAGAGGAGAAGACGUUAGGAUCCACUUGGAGAACACUAACGUGAAUUGUGAUGACAAAAUGUAAAUGUCAGAUGUAACACAGAGUGCUUGUUUGGAUUCCACUGGAUGUACAACAGGAACUGGCUGGCACCAGAGCUACAGCUGACACAGGAGUACUGGCUCUGAAUGCUGUACCUCAGCAGUCUCAUGGUACUGCACCUGGUGCCUUCAUUCACCUGGCUGAUGAUUCCUGUGAGAGAAGAAGUUGCUCUGCACUGUGUGAGAUGAGAAGAGGGAGAAGAUGGUUCCUUCUUGUAUUUAGUUUCUAUAAUGCAAUAAUCUCUUGGAACUCACCUUGACUUGCAAUGACUUUUUAGCAGACACUCUUGAAAGAACAGCUCACAAAAUACUUGCCUGUGUUUGUACAAUAAAUUAUUUCUCACUGUUUA